GCAUACAACCUACGCAUCGUACCAAUAUGUUAACUCGAUGGGAAUUGUAACUUGGCUCAUAUAGCGUGGGUCGCUACAGUAUAUUACUUAUAAUUACCUAAGCCAAUUAGAAGUUAGGGUAGUUCAACUAGGCUAUUUGUUUUGGAUUUAUCUGAUUCAUCUGUCUGUAACCGCAUGCAUUCCAAACGGCUGUUGUCUAUGACGUCCGUAAGCAGGUUUGAGAACCUGUCUGAAUUGAAUCCAAAUGGUAACACAUUGAUACUCAAUAUUUUGGCGAAUAUACAAGUGUUAGGACGACAUGUCAUGUCGUCGUGUAUGUCAACCGAAGACUUGAUUUAGUAUAGUAUCAAGAACUUUGUGCUGAUGGAGACAAUAGUAAAUAGUUCAUUUAAUGCGGGAGAGACCAUCCACAGCACUGAAAGGUGAUUCUGUGAAACGAUCGAGGCGCAAACGUCUUGGUUUUGCUCAUAAUGUAACACAGUCCAGGAAAUAGGCUAUACUUAGGAGUUAAAGAAGCAAUUUGAGGCUUUGCUUAUCGUCAUUGCUCGAGAGGAAUCAAGCUCAUAGUGCAUUGAAUGCUUGGAGACCGAUGACUAUCCCGAUGUCACAGUGGUUUCGACUCACUCAAUCAUAUGCACUUCAACAUACAGCGCAUGCUUUCACCUUUGCUUUCGCCUAUUCUUUGGGAGUGCUUCCAGGAUAUUUUUUUUGAUCACACACUUGCACACAGGGACUGUUGUAGUGAGACUGAUUUUGGAAUGCUGAAUCUGAGAUUGAAUGAGGAGUUUCAAUGGAAGAUUUGAUUGGGGGAUUUCGAGACUGCCUGGGUGAGGACCAGCACAGGCUGUGCAGAGAGCUCACAGAGAGUGAUGCAACCUGGAAGCUGCUGAUGUGCUGAAAAAUAAAGCCAAAGAAAAGCCAGCCAGUGAACUGAACAGGAGAGGGGACAUGGAGUAACAGUGUCUGACUAUACACAGCCGCAGACAGAUAGAGCUUGUUAAUGUGUUGCCAUAUACCAUGACGGAUUCUGUCUGACACAGUGUAAGGUACCCAGAGAUGUACGAUUCCAGAUAGCGCUGUGUAAGCUAUUUCACAAAGGGCCCUAUAGCAGGUGCAGAGACAUCGACAGUGUUGGAUUCACUGACUGUCAGUGCAUGGAUGAAGACUGAUAGAUGGCAUUGGAUUCAUUAAGAAAAGAGUGUUAGAUGAACGCGGCCUAAAUAGCACUGGAUGCACCCUUACAGUUGGCAGUGGAUGAGCACGGACAGAUAGCAUUGGGAUUGGCUGAUACAGACGGAGAACGCUAGAGCUAGAUGAGCUACUGCAGAUAGCAGUGUAGAUCCACUGUUAGCGAGCUAGCGCAGGCAGGGAGUUGGAGUGGGAGGCAUAGCACCAUGAACCCCAGAGAGAGCGGAGGAGGAGGAGUGGAGGCCAUGGAGACCCAGGCGGGAGGGCUGGCGUUGGGGGAGGAGGGUGGCAAGGCCAGCCAUGGAGGAGAUGGAGAAGAGGGGGAAGAAGACAAGGCCUCAGCCUACGACUGCAACGUGUGUGGCCGCAGCUUCCCCUUCCAGAGCUCUCUGUCGCAGCACAUGCGGCGCCACACAGGCGCACGCCCCUACAAGUGUCCCUACUGCGACCACCGCGCCUCCCAGAAGGGCAACCUCAAGGUCCACAUCCGCAGCCACAAGCUGCGCACACUCACUAGCCACCACCCCGAGGAGGAGGAGGAGGGGCCAGAGGAGGAAGAGGAGGGGUCAGGUGAAGUGGGUGUGUCAGAGGGCCUGGACGGUGGAACCAGUCCGACAAAGAGCAGCUCGGCCUGUAACAGGGUCGUCAACGGAGACGCUAACACAGAAGAGGGCAUAGGGAAGACGGCGGUGAGGAGCGUCAAAAGGGAGAAGUCGAGCUCUGAGCAGCGGCCAUAUUGCUGCCGUCUGUGCGGGUACCAGACCCAGCGCGAGGACCAACUCCUCAGUCACAUAGAGAAGGUCCACAUCACAGCCGACAUGGAGGACGAGACUAACCCAGUGAGUCAGGAGGCAGUGGCAACGGAGGGAGAAGCAGGGACUCAGGUCACUGAUGGGGCCUUCCCCUGUGAGACGUGUGGCCAGGUGUUCACACAGGCCUGGUUCCUAAAGUCCCACAUGAAGAAACACGCAGGCCUCCUUGAGCACUGUUGUCGGGUGUGCGGCCGCCGCUUCAGGGAAGCCUGGUUCCUCAAGAGCCACAUGAAGACCCACACUGGCUCCAAGGCCUCCGGCCGGGGGAAACUCAAGGCAGACUCCCAAGAGGCCGCAGCCACCAUCAAUGACGUGGCCCAAGACCCAGAGACCAAUGUGACCUCCACAAGCCUUUACCAGGUUUGCUCCAAGUGUGGCAACCUGUUCCAUGACAGAGAGAGCCUGAGGGCCCACGAGAAGGUCCACAACCAGGCUAAGCAGCCGACACAGGGCCAGAGACGACCUAGUGAUGACGGGGACUCUCCCAGUGCCAAAAGGCGCCUCCUGGACUACCUCAGCCUCCACCCAGCUGCCGAAGAAAAGCCCCAGGAAGAGAAGAGGCGCUUGGGCCAGAGAAUCCCCGAGCUGGACCCAGUUUGUAGCUACCAGGCCUGGCAGCUGGCUACUCGGGGAAGGGUUCUGGAGCCUGUGGAGGCAUACAGUAUAAAGGCUACGGCAGGUGGAGAAGGGGAUGAGGUCCUGGCUGGAGGGACCGUGGUGUACGAGAAGGAGAGCAGCCGCUACAUCCUGGAGGGCCAGCAGAGGGAGAGACGCUCAGGGAGACGCAGCAGCACCAGCGGGGGAGGGGGUAGUAGCCACUACACCUCCCCAGGGGAGCACACCCCCGAGAGCCUGAGCGACUCGGAGUACCGUCCCUCCUCCCGCCAGGGCCGACGUCCCUCGUCCUUCCAGCAGAGCCAGGCCAAGUCCACCGAGUGCUUUGAGUGCGGAAAGGUGUUCCGCAGCCACCACCAGAUGAUUGUGCACCAGCGGGUCCACCAGAGGCGAGACGGGGGCAGGGGUUCCGGGUCCGGAGGGGACAACAGGGCAGGGCAAGGAGUGGACCGCUGGGGAUCCACCAGUGACCCCGAAUCAGGCUCCCCCAGCAGGCCCAGCACCCCAGGGUACGGGAACUCACCACCAGCCUCCACCCCGGGAGAGGACGCCCCUGAGAUGGGCACCGCCAAUGCAGUCCAACUGGCAGAUGAGAAGCCUUACGUCUGCAGCCUGUGUGACUUUGUCAGCACAGAGUCCUCUGCCUUCCUGUCCCACCUACGUCUCCAGCACACUUGUGACGGCCGAACCAUUCCCAACCCCAGCUCCAGCUCUGAGAGAGGCACCCCCAGUAGCUUCCCCAAGCUGAAGAGAGCCCUCCUCGACGGGCUUGCUCAAUCCUCUGCCCCCCACCCUUACCUCUCUGCCCGGCCGUCUAGAGACAAAUGCACCGCCGAGAGCAGUUCACCCACUGACCCUCACCAUGUUGCUCCUCUGGACCUGUGUGUGAGAGCCGAGGGCCACAGGGGCCCAGCCUCCUCAGCCCUUCAGCAGAAGGGCCUGCCCAGUCAUAAGUGCUCCUACUGCUCCCACUCCACCCACUACCUGGAGGUGCUGUGGAUGCACCAGACUGUCGCCCAUCGCAUCAACAGCAGCGCCCUGGCCCCCAAAUGGGCCCUCCUGAAGAAUGGCUUCAAGGGCCCCCGAGAGGGCUCGUCCUCCAGGAGACGCACGGGCCCUCCUCCCGCUCUGGAUGGGAGGGAGUGUCCCCCGUUGCCCCCUGUGGUGCGCACCCACCGCACACGCCCCCCAUCGUUGGAUUUGGGCCAGAAGAAAGACGGCAGUGACAGGGCAGCCACUCAACCCAGCACCUCUUCCUCCUCCACACAAGGGUCCUCCUCCUCUGCCUCAGGCUCCCAGAGUAUGCGGCCUCCCAGGGCAGGCAGCAGACAGAGAGGCGAGGCUGUACCGGAUCAGGGCCAGCUCUCUCGCUCCAACUCCAGGCCCAGGGUGGAAAUCUACCCACGGGGAGGCUCCUCGACCAGCUCCCUGGAGAAGAGCACUGCGGCCGGGGCUCCCCAGCGACCCUCAGCCCCUAGCCCUAGUGUUGGAGGAACCACCAGGCUGGUGGAUAGGUACAUGUUGCCUCAGGAAGGCCUUGGAUUCAUGCUGUCCAGCAAACAUGGCCUGGCAGAGUACAGCAGAGCCAGGAGCUCGCCCCAGCCCAAGUCCAGCAGCUCCCAGUCCCACACCCAGUCUCACCCCCAGUCCCAGGGCAGACCCCGGGCAGAGCGCCCAGCCCACAACACCACCACGGCAGGCCAGGGCUAUGGAGCUUCCCACUCCCAGACACUUGGGAGCGCCGUCCAGGGAUCUUCCACCUCUUCCUCCUACUCCUCCUCAGCCCAGCAUGCGGAGGUGAAACAGGAGGAGGCACGGGGGGUGGAGACACCAGAGCUGCCCAUGGACAUCUUGAGCUUCCUGAAGAACUGCAACUCCAAUGACCUGGCGACACUAUACCACCGCUGGGGUGCCGCCAACCCCCUACUGGACCCCACAGGGAUGCUGAGGUCUCUGGUUCGACAAGGGGAAUACGGCUGCCAAGAGUGUGGGAAGAGCUUCAGUCAGCCCAGUCACCUCCGCACACACAUGAGAUCCCACACAGUCGUGUUUGAUUAUAACGGACUCCGAGGUGCUGACGCUCAAACCAACCCCUCGGAAGCUCCCAAACAAGGGAGAGACCGUUCCGGUGCCGCCUCUGCCCGUACCGAGCCUCUCAGAAAGGGAACCUAAAGACCCAUGUUCAGAGUGUCCACCACGUGCAUUUCGACAACGCCCAGUACCCUGAUUACAGACCACCGGGACUGGGCCGUGAGCAGGAGGAGGAGCAGGGGGACUGGUUCUCACCCACCACCACCAACCCACCCCGACCUAAUAACAGACCCACCAACGUGACAUCCCCAGGGCCUAAGAUAGAGAUAGAGACUCCAUCCAUAUUCCCAGCCCCUCCCCAAAGACAGCAGAGAGACCUGAGAGAUGUGUCAGAGACACCACCUGACAGAGUGACAUCAGAAUGAGCUCACCCCUAUUGCCCUUUUAGAUGAAAUAUUACCAGGACUAUUUGAAAUGUGUUUAAAAACAAGAAAUAAAAGGAUUUCUUGGAAAGAGAAGAAAAAUUGGACACUGUGCAACCAAAUGCUGUUUUUUUCCUCUGUGGACCCAUGGGCAAGGAUGGCAUGGUGGCAUAGCGACAUCCCUAUAGCUUUCUGUUUUCCUAUUUUUCCCCAUUUGAUUUAGAUUGUGAUGAAAUGGUUUUGUGCAUUCCUCAGGACACUGAUCCCUUAAUAACACACGGCAGAAUGGAGCAGCCAUGCUGAACUGAACUCACUUAGCUAACCCUUUGAUUGCAGCUAACUUGACAAGCUUAAGACGGUGUGUGUGUGUGUGUGUGUGUGUGUGUGUGUGUGUGUGUGUGUGUGUUCUAUCCUCUCGAGCACCACAAUGAUGAGUCCAGUAUGAGUGGUUGUAGUGAGGUGACCACUACACGAUCUGACUCCGAGGCUGUUUGGCCGGUCAUUAAAGAGAGAGAACGAGAGAGAGAGAGAGAGAGAGUGAGAGAGGGCUAAUGACAGUGUGAGAGGAGGUGCCUGCUUUACUGCUCAUUAAAAAGAGUCUGCGCUUUUAAUGGGGGGUAUAAACGAGCGUGCGGUUUUAACGGUCAUUCAAUUAUUGGGAGGAGAAGAAGAGGCCAUUUUCUGAUCCCUCUGAUCCGAGCGUAGUCCUCCUCCCACACCCACACCUCCAACCUCAAAUUAGACCCACUUACUGAAACCUCUUAGCAGGAAUAAAGUGGUCGGACUGUUUGGUUCAAGUUGCCCUUACUCUCUUUUCUACUUGAAUAAGAGUACCCUCCUAAAAGCUAGUCCUCUCAACAGUGGCUUUUUUGGGGGGGGGGAGGUUGAGAGGUCAGGCGACUAGAGACAGUGUUUUGUUUCUGAUGGCUGCGGAGCCGUCGCAGGGUUGGCGUGCGUGUGCUGCUUGUGUGUGUGUGUGUGUGUGUGUGCGUGUGUGUGUUUUGCCCCUCCUUGGUUACCUCUGCGUAUUAGACUCCCUUUAGACGCUUUGCAUACUACCUCCUUUGCAAUAAAAGCUUGUUUUGGUUUUUGUACGGCCAGGUAUGAAGUGAGGACCAAAGCCAUGCUUGUAUACUGUAUAUACGAUAUAAGUAGAGGCUUCACUGUAACCAUAUGUGUAAUGUUUUUCUCAAAGUUGCAUUCACCCUCAUAAAACGCCUCCUGGAUUCAUAGCCAUGCCUAUGACUAUUGGAUUACCUGUUCGUUAGGGCAGACACCAAAAAAACAUUUUGCAACGGAAAACAAAAAUGAGCAUUUCCGAUUGGACAAAUCCACUGUUUCAGUCCACUUUCUUCCGUUGGGUGCCUAAUGAACACAACCCAGGUGAGGUGAAGCUCUAAUAAGUUAGCAGUUCUUGUUUUGGUGCAUGGAUGUCAACACGUUCGUUCAGACAAGCAGACUAUUGGUCAGACAGUCUUUUUGAGCAAACGUUGUAUACACGCAAGGCCACAUGCACUGUACAAGACACCGCAAAUGUCAAAGUGUGAGACAGAUAGAAGUGAAUAAUUAUCAGCUGUUUAGAUUUAAAACAAAAAAAAUUGGGGGGGGAUUCAAAGAUAUGGAAUUAUUGUCAUGGGAUAUAAUACUGUCUACUUUGAGACCUCGGUAGUAGUUUUUACAUGAACACAAGAUGAAACGAUUUCUGUGUCAGUUACUUUGUAUGGUUGGUUGAAUACGUAUACAACAGUGUGUUUGCGUAUACCUACACAUACUGUAUGUGUAUAUUAAACAUGAGGAUAGUCAAAUACUUGAAACGGAUAAUAUAGCCUAUCAAGUAGUGUCCUUAAUAAAUUAGUGCCCUUAAAUACUGUUGUACAGAAUGACCCUUUAAGAUGAACUCCUAAAAUACACAUUUGUACCCUUUAAGAUGAACUCCUAAAAUACACAUUUGUACUCCUAAGUGUGACUAAGCAGAUAUGAACAGACCACGCGGGAGUGAGAGAGUGAGUAUUUGAGCGUGUGUGUAUGUAGGUGUGUGUGUGUGUAUUUUUAAUCUUACCAAACCCGUUACAGCGUUAGAUACCAAAUGGCAUUUCCGGUGCACUUAGACUAGGUUACUGCUUUAACCCGUUUAACUGUCUUCAUUUCAUUCAGUCUUUGAUUGGUAAAGGUGGUCCAGUUCAAUGUCACCUCUGGUUUUUAAUCAUUAUUUUUCUAUUAUUAUAGAUAUCCAUGAUUUAUUUAAUAUCAUUUGCUAUGUGUUUUUUUUUUUAGGCGUUUGGUUUGUAUUACACUGCUUAGUUCAGUUUUCGAAUGGAAAAUGAUAGGCGCAUAAAUCUUUUUCAUAAAGAGUGUGUUUUUAGUCUCUCUCUCUUUGCUAAAAAGUAGGACUUCUUCAGUUGAUAGCCAUGGUUACCAUCCCAAAGAACGUGGUGGAAGUCAUUAUUUCUAUUUGGUUGGGGUUUUAACAAUGCCUCCAAGUUGUGUGUGUGUGUGUGUGUGUGUGUGUGUGUGUUGGCUUUUUAUUUGUAAUUAACUACAUUGUAAUUUUUCCGUAGAUGACAUUAUUUGGAAUGUAUUUGGUUGACAUCUGUAUUUAUUAGUUACAAUGAUCAGAGCAGAAGCAGACAGGAGUUGUUUUUAUACUUGGUUUUCACUGUCCCCGAUGUGAAAGCUCUACCUCGUCUGAGACCUUCUCAGUUCUGUUAAAGUUUUGUACAUCGUUGCAGAAAAUGUAAAGUCAUCAUGUCCACAUUAAAUACACAAAUAUGGCACCGUUCAACCGGUUUCAUCAGUCUCCCUUGCUUGCAUGUGAUAGAAUGAGCAGCAUCCUGUUUGGAUCUGCAGAUGAAAUACUCUAGGCUCCUGAUGCAGUAGGGGAGAGUGGGGUAAGUUGUGCAAUUUUUUUUUUUACAUUCAGGAUCACUCCGUCAAAGGAAAUAUAGUAUUCUUUCUAACAAAAAUAUCUACAUAUAUUUCAGGAUGUUGUGUAUCUCUGGAAAUAAUCAGAAUUCAUGUUACCGUUACAGUUUUGAAAACAUAGCUUGAACAAUAAAGUGGUCUCUUGGCACAGUUUACUUAAAUUAAGGUACCUAUACAUUUUUUUUGACUGAAUUAAAUAUUCCCACUACCUUAAA